CCAAGUUGUCCUGAAGACGAACUAAGCGACGGGAAGACGGGAUCUGCAAAGUCAACAUCGAACACCCCUAGGAACUGCAGGCAAUUCCUCCGUACCACAACACACAGCACAUCAUGAAGCUGUCGACAAUAACCUGUGCCCUGUUGGGCUUGGCCAGCGAGGUCGCCGCCACGGCCCUGACUUACAAGCUCGUCGCCAACGAGAAGGCCUGCUUCUUCGCCACGACCAAGAAGGCCAACGAGAAGAUUGCCUUUUACUUUGCCGUACAAUCAGGAGGCUCGUUCGAUAUCGACUAUGAAGUGACCGGCCCCGAUGGCAAUGUUAUUAUGGAUGGGCAGAAGGAACGCCAGGGCGACUUUGUUUUCACCGGCAAGCAGAUCGGUGACUACAAGUUCUGCUUCAACAACGAAAUGAGCACCUUCGCUGAGAAGUUCGUCGACUUCGAGCUUGCGGUCGAAGAUGAGGCCCGCGUUACCAUCCCUUCGAAGCAGGGUAGCUCUCCCGAACAGACCUCGGCUCUCGAGGAGUCUCUCUUCAAGAUCUCGAUGCAGCUUUCUACCGUCACCCGCAACCAAAAGUACUUCCGCACGCGCGAGAACCGCAACUUCAGCACAGUCAGGAGCACCGAGAAGCGAAUUGUCAACUUCAGUUUGAUUCAGAUCUUGCUGGUCAUUGCGAUGGGUGCUCUACAGGUCUUUAUUGUUAGAUUCUUCUUCCAGGGUGCGCGGAAGGGUUAUGUAUAAAGGUGUACUACUUUUAUACUCCCAAGGAGUGAGAUUGAUUUGGUCUUGGCCGGGCGUAAGGCACAAAAACAGCACAGGUCUUGCUUGCAUGGGGUGUAUAUCAUAUAAUGAUGGCUUACGAGUUGGCGACGGAGGGUCAUAUUAACAACAUGCCCCUGUGUCUUGGUUUUCGAUCUACAUGUAUGACUGAUGGAUUUUUUUGGCGGCCAGUUAUCCCUAAAACAUAAUAGAAGUGCAAGCGUGCAAUGACAAUGGCACUG